GAUCCGACGAAAAAAUAGUUUGUUUUUUUUAAGUUAAGCAAGUGCCUCUUAACUGACACUCGUUCACAAGUUGUUCAAUGAAGGCAAAGGGUGCAAAAUCUUAGAAUUUAACACAAGAGAUSUGAAACUGAAUCGGAAUAGAAGCGGAAGGUCAUAUUUUUAGCUUUGCCACGUCUGAAUUUUAGCUAUAACACAAGAAAAUAUUUUUUUGGUAGUGACGUARCUUUUGGAAAUUUUAUAGYUAAUGACGUGCUUCUUGACAUGUACACAUACACAAAACUUCGAGAAAAUGGCCGUCUCGUGAAUUCCGAGGCCACGUGAAUGUUAAACAACAUCAAAGCUUACAUAACCAUCGCCACUCACGUGGCCGUUCUACUAUAAGACUGCAGGUAAUCAGAAGACGUAAAAACUAUUACGUCUCUUGACUCAAUGGUUGUAUAUAUAAAUGAGAUGCUUAUAAAUAUAGCACAUAGAACUGGUAAACUUAACAAGUUUUUGUCAACAUAAAUUUUUCCCAAAAAAAGUAAUGGCUUCAAAACCACAAAAUGCCCAGAAAGCUCCUGACAAAACACCAUAUCAACACCAGAAUUACCAAAGGUUGUCCGAAAGGCCAAGUCAUGACUGGAACGAUAAGACCUCGAGUUCUAUGCUGAGUUUUGAAGAAGCAGAACUGUUGAAUUUCAAAGACCUGCAACACAGUUCUUUUCCAUAUGCUAUGUACUCGCCUUCGCAUUAUCAUAAAAGACAACUAGAUAAGGCGAUGGAAGAGUAUGAACUAGUGGCAAAAAAGAAAACUAUGAACCCUUUGAAWUCUGACCAGCUAGAAAUCCCAYCAAGACCUCAAUACGAGCAGAAGAAAAAAGAGAAAAAAGAGAUGGAAGCUUUUAAUGAGAAAGAAACUUUACACCCAGACACCAAAAACUGCCAAAAGCACAACGCAGAGACAGCAUGUGAGAAAGCAAAAAUAGAUGACUACUUGGAAAAAAGACGCAAAAACAACGCAUCAGCUAAAAAAUCCAGAGAAGCUAGACGACAAAGAGAGUUAGAAAACCAAAUACGCGUCUCUUAUCUAGAAGAUGAAAAUUCAAAGUUGAGAAGCAUUCUUUGUGUGCUGCGAAACGAAAACAUACAACUUCGCGAGCUAUUGAUUAUGUAAAUCACAGAGAUAUAAGUAAUUAUGGGAGAUAGAUACACCAGAGAGUUGCAUAUGUUGCCUAUAAACAUUAGACCUAAUAUGACGCAAUGGAUCCGCUGCAUUCACUGAAAUGUUUAUGCCGAUUCAUCUGAUAGUAGUUGAUACUAGACGUUCAACUUGUAAGACUGGACUGUACUAGAUUAAAAGUUACCUAUAGAAGCAUA